CUCUUGCAAGAUCGAACAUAGUAUGUUUUAAUUUAUUUAAAAAUGUUGCGAUUACUCAGGCCCGUAAAAAUUAGUUCUCGAGUGCAAAAUUAUAUAAAAAAAUUGGAGAAAGAAAUUAGUGUACGGUGUUUGACGAGUCAAAGUUCCAAAGAUGGCAGUUUGUUUCCAGAAAGAGUUGAUUUUCCAAGUCGACAUAUUGGACCACGGGACCACGAUAUUGUCACUAUGUUAGAUCUGUUAGGAUAUAAGAGUUUGGAUGAGUUAACUGACGAUGCAGUACCCAAGAAAAUACAAUUACACGGUCUCAUGAAUAUAAGUGACCCCAUAAGUGAACAUGAUCUUAUCGAAAGAGCCAGGAAAAUUUCUGAAAAAAAUCAAAUAUGGCGUUCGUAUAUUGGAAUGGGCUACCACAAUUGCUGCGUUCCACAUACAAUCAUGCGGAAUUUGUUCGAAAAUCCUGGAUGGACCACACAAUAUACUCCUUACCAACCAGAAGUAGCUCAAGGGAGAUUAGAAAGUCUCCUCAACUAUCAGACUAUGGUGAGCGAUUUGACUGGUUUAGAUGUCGCAAAUGCUUCCCUUCUUGAUGAAGGUACUGCAGCUGCUGAAGCUCUUUCAUUAUGUCACAGGCUUAAUAAAAGAACAAAGUUUGUUGUAUCGGAAAGACUACAUCCUCAAACAUUGGCCGUUGUACAAACACGAUUAGAUGCUUUGGGGUUAGAAGUAGCUGUUCUACCCGAUGUAAGAGAAGCUGAUUUUGCUCAAAGGGAUAUAUCGGCUGUACUUCUACAAUGUCCUGACACACGAGGCUUAGUGUAUGAUUAUUCAGGUUUAGCUGCAACGGCCCAAGAACACGGGACGUUAGUAGUAGUUGCUACUGACUUAUUAGCUCUCGCACUCCUGAGGCCACCGGCUGAAUGCGGUGCAGCAUUAGCAGUUGGAACAUCCCAACGCUUCGGAGUGCCACUCGGCUACGGAGGACCUCACGCAGGAUUUUUUGCUGCAGAACAUGCUCUAGUCCGUCUUAUGCCAGGUCGAAUGGUUGGAGUAACACGAGAUUCUUCUGGAAGAGAUGCUUAUAGGUUAGCACUUCAAACUAGAGAGCAGCAUAUCCGUCGUGAUAAAGCAACAUCCAACAUUUGUACAGCGCAAGCUUUGCUCGCUAAUAUGUCUGCAAUGUAUGCUGUUUAUCACGGUCCUCAAGGACUUAGAGAUAUUGCCACCAGAGUCCACAAUGCUGCAUUGGUACUCGACCAUGGUGUGCAGCAAAGGGGACACAAACAAACCAACGAUGUAUACUUUGACACGCUUUACAUUAUGCCAAGUUCUGAUCACGACACGGAAGCCAUUAAAGCUAGAGCUCAACAAAAGAAAAUAAACCUGCGGUAUUUUGAAGAUGGCGCUGUAGGAGUUGCUUUGGAUGAAACGACCACAGAAGAAGACGUUGGUGAUCUCUUGUGGAUAUUUGACUGUAAAAGUGUAGAAGAGGUUAUAGGUACUGGCGAUGUCAAGUCACGUAGCAUCGUAAAAGGUCCGUUUCGGCGUACCUCGCCAUACUUGACCCAUCCUGUAUUUAAUGCUCAUCAUUCGGAGACUAGAAUUGUGAGAUAUAUGAAAAGGCUUGAAAACAAGGAUGUUUCGCUAGUUCACUCCAUGAUCCCUUUAGGCUCCUGUACAAUGAAAUUGAACUCAACAACGGAGAUGAUGCCGUGCACGUUCAAACACUUCACUGAAAUCCAUCCGUUCGCUCCAUUGGACCAAUGUCAGGGCUACCAUAUACUAUUUGAGGAGCUUGCUAAUGACCUGUGUGCAAUUACUGGAUACGAUCGGGUUUCAUUUCAACCAAACAGUGGUGCUCAAGGUGAAUAUGCUGGAUUGCGAACAAUAAAGCGAUACCACGAAGUUCGUGGUGAUGCCGCUCGAAACAUUUGUCUCAUACCAGUUAGUGCUCACGGCACUAAUCCAGCUUCAGCACAUAUGGCCGGCAUGAAGGUCUGUGCCAUUCGCGUAACACCGAAUGGAGAUAUUGAUAUGGCGCACCUUAAAGAUAUGGUAGAAGAACACAGUGAAAAGUUGUCAUGUUUGAUGAUGACUUAUCCAAGCACAUUUGGAGUGUUUGAAGAGUGUGCAGCAGACGUUUGUGCUCUGGUACACAAGCAUGGUGGCCAGGUGUACUUGGAUGGAGCUAACAUGAACGCACAGGUUGGACUGUGUCGGCCUGGAGAUUACGGCAGUGACGUAUCUCAUCUUAAUUUACAUAAAACGUUCUGCAUACCCCACGGAGGCGGCGGACCCGGAAUGGGCCCUAUUGGAGUUAAAGCACAUUUAGCUCCAUUCCUACCGUCACACCCAGUUAUAAACCCCUUAGCGGACUUGGGCGAGGCAGCUCAUAGUUUUGGCUCAGUCAGCGCGGCACCGUUUGGAUCAUCAGCUAUAUUGCCUAUAUCUUGGGCCUAUAUAAAGAUGAUGGGUCCAAAAGGCUUAAAACGUGCAACUCAAGUUGCUAUUCUCAAUGCGAAUUAUAUGUCGAGGCGAUUGGACGGCCAUUAUAAAACAUUGUACAAAGGUGAAAGAGGUCUUGUAGCUCACGAGUUUAUAAUAGAUGUCCGGGAUCUUAAAAAAUCUGCCAACAUAGAACCAGGAGACAUAGCAAAGAGACUAAUGGACUAUGGUUUCCAUGCGCCAACAAUGUCGUGGCCAGUUCCUGGUACAUUAAUGAUAGAACCGACAGAAUCCGAAGAUUUGCAAGAGUUGGAAAAGUUCUGUGAAGCUCUUAUAACAAUCAGAAAGGAAAUAAAGGAUAUUGAAGAUGGUGUUAUGGAUCAACGACUCAACCCCCUCAAGAUGGCGCCACAUACUCAAGAAGAUGUUAUCACAGAAGAUUGGAAUCGUCCGUAUAGCAGGCAGCAAGCGGCGUUCCCAGCACCUUUUGUCAAAGGAGAAACAAAAGUAUGGCCUACUGUUGGACGCAUAGACGAUAUGUAUGGAGAUAAACACCUCGUCUGUACCUGCCCUCCUGUAAUAGACGACUUCUAAAUAUAUAAUAUAUAGAAUAAGUGUAAUAUUUCUUAACUUGUAAAAAUAAAUGUCGACAUUUAAUAACAAAA